GGCGCCGGGGGGAAGUGACGUGCAGGCGGCGGUGGGGCCUGGGAACCAGGGUCCGGACGUGGGCUGGCAUGUCGGCUCUGAGCCGGGUGGCGCCUUUUGUUCGCGGUGGAGGUCGCCUUUUCCGAGGCCUCCGCGCGCGCGAGGCUGGAGGCGGAGGCGUCCGUCAUGCUGGUGGCGGCGUGCACAUCGAGCCCCGGUACCGACAGUUCCCCCAGAUCACCAAGUCCCAGGUGAUCCAGGCCGAGUUCUUCAGUGGAACUAUGUGGUUCUGGAUCCUCUGGCGCUUCUGGCACGACUCAGAUGCUGUGCUGGGUCACUUUCCAUAUCCAGAUCCUUCACAGUGGACGGAUGAAGAAUUAGGUAUCCUGCCUGAUGACGAGGACUGAAAGUGCAGAUGCAGCUCUUUUCAAGAGCCGGGUGAGAAUGUCGAGAAAGUACGGACUUCAUAUUGUAUAUUGAAGUUGUAAAUUAAAGUUUUGGUUGAGAAUGAG